UCUCAGAAGAGCAAGAAGUCAAGCGGACGAAUCCAAAAAACAGUCAAGAAAGACAACAAAUCGCGAGAGAUAGAGGGAGAUGAGGACCUUCCAGAGCCAAAGUCAGGCUGCGCAGCGCGGAGCCUCCAGCAGCCUGCACAGCCUCAGCAGCACGGCCAGCAUCGCCCUCACAGCCCUGCUCAUCCUCACCAUCCCAGUCUGCACAAGUGCUCCAGCAGAACUUCAACAAGCCACAACAGGCCAGAGGCAGAUACUCAGCCAGAUAGACGCUGUGUGCUCAUCCUACCUCUCUGCAGACCUGAAGAUUUGGGUGAGCGGGGCAUCUGAUGUCUUAGGAGAACUCUGUGUCUUGAUGCUGUUUCAGAAGUCAAAGGAGCUGAAAGUGCAAGAAAAUAGUAAAAGGUUUCUCAACUCAAUACCAGAAGAGAGAGAGGACUCUCAAUGCGCGCUGAAGUCCAGGGUCCUGGGGGCAUCCAGAGCAGAGGUUACUUCCUUUAUCGGCCACGAAAUGGAAGACGGUCCUUAGAAUAUGAGUAAAUUAAAGUAGAGUCGCCACCUCUGAAGCUGAGUGUACAGAGGCAACACAGACCCUGAGACCCGAGCCGCUGCACCACGACUGAGUGAUCCAGACUUCACCCACAGCCCUCUGCCACUGCUGUAUAGUGAUGUCUGAAUGUACACAAAUAAUCUGAUUAAAAUGCUAAUCAUUUGUUCAGAUUUUUAUCUUGUGUUAUAUGUGUAUCAUUUGCAUUAAAACUGCUACAAUGUG